UAUGGAUAAAGACUCUGUUGAAGGCUAGAGUGGCUCGGUGAAAAGGAUGCUACACAGUUAAAGUUUAUUCUUUCCGGGUUUCUUCUCGUCAGAAUCUAGGCUACUCCAGCAGACCGUAUCCAAGGAACUUUACACUGAUUUCUGCAGCAGGCAGGACAAUGUCGCUCACCGCGCUUAUACUGCGCCUGGCUCUGAUCUACAAGGUUGUUCUCGAAACGACCGCUUCUGUGGAUGCAGACAUGAGCCAGACCCUUGAGGCUAGUUUGGCUCAAGGGCAAGCGACUUUAAAGGACAUGUUCAGGGAAGUUGAGAAGUUGAUGGAAGACACGCAGCACAAAUUGGAGGAGGCGGUACACAAGAUGGAUAAUGAGAGCGCCAGAUCGGGAUUUUAUGGCCAUGACCUACCUUUGAGUUAUCACGACGAAAGCAUGCAUGUGAAGAAAGUGGAAAACCAAUCCUUCUACACCAUAGAGAAAACUGAUAAGGAAACUGACAAUAGAACAGGAAUGACUCACUUCUCCAGGACCGUGAUCCAAUCCAGUGGCAGAGGAAAUGAGAUUGAUUAUAGAUGCAUCGUCGACGAGGACUGUGAGAAGGGCAGCUACUGCCUGUACGAGAGGCUCCAGUCCAGGUGCCUGCCCUGCAAGGCUGCCCGCAUGCCGUGCACAAAGGACGAGGAGUGCUGCACAGGACAGCUGUGUGUGUGGGGUCGCUGCUCAAAGAACGGUGCCAAGGGUGCGGCAGGCAGCAUCUGUCAACACCAGAGCGACUGCAAGCCCGCGCUCUGCUGCGCCUUCCACAGAGAGCUGCUUUUCCCAGUGUGCACCCGCAAGCCCAGAGCACGUGAGCGCUGUCACAGCCAGUCCAACCACCUGAUGGAGCUGCUGUCCUGGGACACGGAGGGGGAGGGCCCGCGGGAGCAUUGUCCCUGUGCCCGGGGGCUCCAGUGUCAGCCUCACAGACAAGGGCCCAGCUGCCAGCGGCGCUCUGCCAAUGAAGAUCUGACUGGAGUUCCUCAGGAUGUGGCCUGACCAGUCGCCUGAUUAACUCUUAAACCCGACGCACCGGACAGCCCGUCUGAAGAGGAUGUAGAGGUUCUGCCCUUAAAAACCUUGUUCAAUAUGCACUGUUUCAUUUGCUUUCUGUUUAAACUAAUUUUUGUGUAAAAUAAAACUUUGCUGGUCUCAUA